AAAGCUGUACACACACAGUGAGAGAGAGAGAGAGAGAGAGAGAGAAUGGCAUACAAUCAGAACAAUCCCGUUGCUGUGGCAGUGUUUUUCUCUCUUAGUUGUCUUGCUCUACUAUCAACUUCCACAUUCCUCUGCAAAAACUCCACUGAUUGUCAAUCUCUGCUCAAAUUCAAACAAGGCAUAACAGGUGAUCCAGAUGGUCAUCUCCAAGAUUGGAAUGAAACCAUGUUCUUAUGCAACUGGACAGGGAUUACAUGCCACCAGCAGCUUAAGAACCGGGUCAUAGCCAUUGAGCUCAUAAACAUGCGCUUAGAGGGAGUUAUCUCACCAUACAUAUCCAAUCUAUCCCAUCUCACCACCCUCUCUUUGCAAGGCAACAGAUUGUAUGGAGGGAUCCCAGCUACCAUUGGAGAGCUUUCUGAGUUAACAUUCAUAAACAUGAGUGGUAAUAAGCUUGGGGGCAAUAUUCCAGCCUCAAUACAAGGCUGCUGGAGCCUGGAGACAAUAGACUUGGACUAUAACAAUCUGACUGGAAGCAUUCCUGCUGUACUAGGCCAAAUGAAAAACUUGACAUACCUUUGUCUCUCUGAGAACAGCCUCACUGGAGCUAUACCAUCAUUUCUUUCGAAUCUGACAAAGCUGACAGAUUUAGAAUUACAAGUUAAUUACUUCACAGGAAGGAUUCCAGAGGAGCUAGGAGCAUUAACAAAGCUGGAGAUAUUGUACCUCCACAUCAACUUUUUGGAAGGAAGCAUACCUGCAUCCAUCAGUAAUUGCACUGCCCUGCGUCACAUUACACUGAUUGAGAAUCGGUUAACGGGAACAAUCCCUUUCGAAUUGGGGUCAAAGCUCCAUAACUUGCAGAGAUUGUACUUCCAAGAAAACCAACUUUCUGGGAAAAUUCCAGUGACCCUGUCCAAUCUUUCUCAGCUGACACUGCUUGAUCUUAGCCUCAACCAGUUAGAGGGGGAAGUCCCUCCUGAGUUGGGGAAGUUGAAGAAACUUGAGAGACUUUACCUUCAUAGCAAUAACCUGGUGAGCGGUUCCAACAACUCUUCCCUCAGUUUUCUAACUCCUCUCACUAAUUGUUCACGUCUACAGAAACUGCACUUAGGGGCAUGUCUGUUUGCAGGAAGUUUACCGGCUUCAAUUGGCAGUCUUUCCAAAGAUCUCUACUACUUGAAUCUUCGAAACAACAAAUUAACAGGAGACCUACCAGCUGAAAUUGGAAAUCUAAGCGGCCUUGUGACUCUAGACCUGUGGUAUAAUUUUUUGAAUGGAGUUCCUGCAACAAUUGGGAAGCUUAGGCAGUUGCAGAGAUUACACUUGGGAAGAAACAAACUUCUUGGGCCAAUUCCAGAUGAACUUGGGCAGAUGGCUAACCUUGGUUUACUGGAACUUAGUGAUAAUUUGAUUAGUGGGACAAUCCCAUCUUCUCUUGGUAAUCUGUCACAGUUGAGAUAUCUUUACUUGUCUCACAACCACCUCACAGGGAAAAUUCCCAUCCAACUCACCCAAUGUUCUCUUCUAAUGCUUCUUGAUUUGUCUUUUAACAACUUACAAGGGUCUCUUCCCACAGAAAUUGGUCAUUUCUCAAACCUAGCUCUUGCACUCAACCUUUCAAACAACAAUCUUCAAGGAGAACUACCGGCUAGUAUUGGAAAUCUGGCAUCUGUGCAGGCAAUUGACUUGUCAGCGAAUAAAUUCUUCGGAGUGAUACCAAGUUCAAUUGGAAGAUGCAUUUCAAUGGAGUAUCUGAACCUCUCUCACAACAUGCUUGAAGGUACAAUCCCAGAGUCCCUGAAGCAAAUCGUUGAUCUGGGAUAUCUGGACUUGGCUUUCAAUAAUUUAACAGGAAAUGUUCCAAUCUGGAUUGGUGACAGCCAGAAGAUCAAGAAUCUCAAUUUAUCGUAUAACAGAUUAACAGGAGAGGUUCCAAAUAGUGGGAGGUAUAAAAAUCUAGGAAGCCGCUCAUUCAUGGGGAAUAUGGGGCUCUGUGGUGGCACCAAACUUAUGGGUCUCCAUCCAUGUGAAAUUCAGAAACAAAAGCACAAGAAAAGGAAAUGGAUUUAUUACUUGAUUGCAAUAUUAACUUGUUCUCUGCUUCUCUUUGUGCUGAUCGCCCUCACUGUUCGUCGUUUCUUCUUCAAAAAUAGGAGUGCAGGUGCGGAGACUGCAAUUCUAAUGUCUUCCCCAACCCAUCAUGGAACCCAAACUUUAACUGAAAGGGAAAUCGAAAUUGCAACUGGCGGUUUUGAUGAGGCUAAUCUAUUAGGGAAAGGAAGUUUUGGUAGGGUGUAUAAAGCUAUCAUCAAUGAUGGAAAAACUGUUGUGGCAGUUAAGGUUCUGCAAGAAGAGUGUGUUCAGGGUUACAGAAGUUUUAAAAGGGAGUGUCAAAUACUGUCUGAAAUUAGACAUAGGAAUCUGGUUAGAAUGAUAGGAUCGACCUGGAAUUCAGGAUUCAAGGCUAUUGUUCUCGAGUAUAUAGGCAAUGGGAACUUGGAACAGCAUCUUUACCCUGGUGGGUCAGAUGAAGGAGGUAGUGAAUUAAAAUUGAAGGAAAGAAUGGGAAUAGCAAUAGAUGUUGCAAAUGGCUUGGAGUAUCUUCAUGAGGGUUGUCCUGUUCAAGUUGUUCACUGUGACCUGAAACCACAAAAUGUUCUUUUGGACGAUGAUAUGGUGGCUCAUGUAGCAGAUUUUGGUAUUGGAAAGCUCAUUUCAGGUGACAAACCAAGAGGACAUGUUACUACGACAACUGCUUUUCUACGAGGAUCUGUCGGGUAUAUCCCCCCAGAAUAUGGGCAGGGGAUCGAUGUCUCAACAAGAGGAGAUGUAUACAGUUUUGGAGUGAUGAUGUUAGAGAUGAUAACACGGAAGAGGCCAACGAAUGAAAUGUUUUCAGAUGGACUUGAUCUAAGGAAAUGGGUGUGUUCUGCUUUUCCAAAUCAAGUUUUGGAUAUUGUAGACAUCUCACUGAAGCACGAAGCAUAUUUGCAAGAGGGGAGUGGUGCUUUACAUAAGCUUGAGCAAUGCUGUAUCCACAUGCUCGAUGCAGGGAUGAUGUGCACAGAAGAGAACCCCCAAAAGCGUCCCCUUAUCUCUUCAGUUGCUCAAAGGCUAAAGAAUGUCUGGAAAGAAAUGGGAUUUGAAACACUUCGUAAUGCAAAGGAAGAAAAUGUGGACAUGUCACUGAACUUAAAAUAGUAAACCUCCGUCACUUUCAGUCUAGGUAAGAAGAAAAGCUCUCUAUUUACAACUAUAAAUGAUCGUUUUGCUUGUGUAAUAAGAAACCAGAAUAACAGAUUGCUCCCAUUUGUGGAGAAAAAACCGGUGAGUCCUUUGUCAGUGUUUUUCCCUUUCAUCAUAAUCAGCUAUAAUUAUACACUCAAAACCAUAAUUUCAUUUGUGGAAGAUGGUAAGCAAAUUUAUCGACAAAUGCUUGUUAAUGACAAAAAAAAUUCAAAGUCUUUACAUAGAUGGUAAUCAUACCAUUCCACCCUUGAGGACCAGGAUUGAUGGCUUCUAUCUGAAAUCUCCUACUCAGACAAAUGAAACCAAUAAUUCACCCUAGAUGGAAGGGUUUGUUUGGAAAACUUCAAUAAGGAGAAAAAUGUCUUCAGCAUGAUAACUCCCCAGUUUUCCAGAUGAUCUGCUUCACAAUAAGUAUGAAUAAACCUUCAAGCAUCUGCCUAAACCUCUUAAA